CAUGGUGAGAUUCACGCCGGCACUAACCAGAAACUGGUAUUUGCGGCUUCAGCGCGUAAGGAGCCAGAGCUAUCUCCACCGACAAUUGUGGACAAUUGGCACUGUCGGUGUUGGACCGCUUCCCAUCCAAGUUCCACGAUUCGCUGUUUCCUUAUUGCGCACAACCAUGGAAGCUGAGGGUCGGCCAGCGAAAAUCAGAAAGCUAGAGCAUGCUCAAGAGACAGAGGACGCUACCAUGGACGAUUCCACGCUCACUACUGGCCAAGCGGAAACGCAAACAGACAGCGCACCCGUGACCAAACUAUCUGGCGACUCGGAAAAUGGUGAAGUGAGUGUGCCGCAAGAGGGCGAUGAUGCCGCCGGUGAGGCUGCGCCCAAGCUCUCCAAGAACCAGCUGAAAAAGCAACGCCGGUGGGAGCGUUGGGAGGCUGGCCGUGAAGACCGCAAAGUCAAGCGCAAGGAGAAGAUUAAAGCCCGCAAAGAGCGCCGCAGAACGGAAUGGGAAGAGCAGCAGCCCGCAGGGUCAGCUGAGCAGCCUCCACCCUUCCGUGCGCCACGUCGAGGCGAGCCGCCGGGUGUCCAGGUCCCAAUCACGAUACUAUUUGACUGCGACUUUGAGGAAUACAUGCACGACCACGAGCUAAAGAGUCUUGGCUUGCAAAUCACACGCAGCUACUCCGACAACCGAAAGGCGCCAUUCAGGUGUCAUCUAGGUAUCAGUAGCUGGGGCGGCAAGAUGAAGGAGAGAUUCGAUGGCGUUCUCGCAAAGCAGUAUACGAGCUGGAAGGGAUUUCAAUUUUGCGAGGAGGAUUUCGUGAAGACGAGCGAGAUGAGCAAGGAAUGGAUGAAGGGCCCCAGAGGCGGAAAGAUUGCGGGUGCGCUGGCCAAAUACCAGGUGGAACAGGCGCAGGCGGAGGGCGAGGGUGUGGAGGCAGAGAAGGCGCUUGCAGACGCAGAUGCAGAUGAAGAGGGCGAGGUCGUAUAUCUCUCAGCAGAGAGUGACAACACACUCGAGCGCCUCAAGCCUAACAGCACAUACAUCAUCGGUGGUCUGGUCGACAAGAACAGGCACAAGGGCUUGUGCUACAAGCGAGCGCUAGACCGCGGCAUCAAGACUGCAAAACUCCCGAUCGGCGAAUUCUUGCAGAUGGACAGUCGGAAGGUGCUUGUCACGAACCAUGUAUUAGACAUUAUGCUGAAGUGGCUGGAGCACGACGACUGGGGCAAGGCAUUCAUUGAGGUGCUGCCGAAACGGAAGGGCGGUGUUUUGAAGACGGAGGAAGAGGAUGGUGACGAGGGUGCACCAGACGGGGAGGAAGAGGCGGCGGAAGAAGUGGCGGGAGAGAACGUUCAGCCAAUACCAAAUUCUCCGCCACCUGCUUACGAGGAUGUCGUUCAGGCGUCGACUUAGGCCAAGUCUAUGGAAGCUUGAUGAGUGGUGUAAGGCGUCUGGUAGAGUCACAUUCAUGGAGUAGAUAGAUUAUGGGCCAGGUAAUGGGGAGAAAGGUUUGCUACCUGAUCUAAACGACGU